AUGGCGCUGAAUAAUUUCCUCUUCGCCCAGUGCACCCUGUAUUUCCUGGCCUUCCUCUUCAGCUUCAUCGCCGUGGUCCCCCUGUCUGAGAACAGCGCGGACUUCCACGGGAAAUGUCUGCUGUUCACGGAGGGCAUGUGGCUGAGCGGGAACGUCAGCCUGGAGCGGGAGCACCUCACGGUGGAGGAGUGGGGCCCGGAGUCCGCCUGCAGGUUCAGCGUCUUCACCGGGGUGCUGGCCCUGCUGGCCGCCGCCGUCCAGGCCUGGAGGACGCUCUUCUUCCUCUGCAAGGGUCACCAGGACUCUUUCUUUCACGCCUUCCUGAAUCUGCUGAUCAGCUCCUUUGUGGUUUUUGUCACGUUUAUUGCCAGCACCAUUGUCAGCGUUGGGUUCAACAUGUGGUGCGAUGCCAUUACCGAGAAGGGAAGCAGGCCCUACAGCUGUGAAGAACUCCAGGACCGAGAUCUCGAGCUUAACGUGGAAAAUUCAUCCUUCUACGACCAAUUUGCCAUUGCACAGUUCGGACUAUGGGCCGCUUGGCUGUCCUGGCUCGGUAUUACAGUCCUUGCCUUCUUGAAGGUCUACCACAACUAUCGCCAGGAAGACUUACUGGACAGCCUCAUUCAAGAGAAGGAGCUCCUGAUUGGGAAGUCGUCCUCAAGAAGUCCUCUUCAUGACGAGAAGAGCGGUAUGAUUUGAAAUCUGUCAGUGAGCCAAUCCUUUGCCAGGUAUUUAUUUCACUAGUAUGGUUAGACCUCUUCUGAAUUUGAUUGGUCGGACAGCUCUAAUAGGUUGAUGACCCAUUCUGCUGGACCUGCAAGGGAAAGUUGACCUACCUGCUUCCCGAUGCCAGUUCCCUGCUCCUUCAGGCCUGCUAUGCUCCACUGGUCUCCAUUGACGUCAACAUCCGGUUUGACAUAGGUGCAGCCAUUCGCAUGCCAUGGCAGUGACCGGAUCCUUUUACGUCAUAACAAAAGGUCGCAUGAUACAAGGGGAUCCGGUCACCGCCGAGGCAUGUGAUUGGCUGCAGCUAUUUCAAACCAGAUGUUGACAUCGCAGGAGAAGGAGCAGGUAAGAAGGUAAGUCAUCUUUUCUUUGCAGGUCUGGCAGAAAGGAGGGGAAGGGGGAAUUUGCCAACCCAACCUCCCCUCCCCUUCAAUCUCAUUCUUGUACAACCGCUUUAAGAUACUGUGACAGUCUGUGUAGGGCUUUCAAACCCUUUGGGUGCUACUUGGAGAUUGUCAUCUCUGACCCACUACGGACAAGUCAUCCAAGCCCACGGUUUAGAGGUUAGUGCAAGGGCCCAACCUCCAACAUGACCAUAAUCGGCAUGUGGCAUAUCACAGGAUAUUUAGCUGCUAUUAUCUUUAAUAAAAAUUCAAGUCAUUUUUGUAAGAAAAUCCAUGUACUGUAUAUACAGAUCACCUUGUGACCAGUACUCACCUCCGCAGAGAUGUUCUAUGUGAACCUUCCAUGUAACAUAUGAUCGGCUCUUCAAGGACUAAACAGAUCUUCACGAUUCUGCUUUGAUUGUAUGUGAAUGAGCUCAUGCAGUUAUUAGACGUACAGUCCUGUAAAUUGUGCAUUAUUGAAAAUGUGAACGGGAAUCUAUCGAUCGCAUGAUUUGCUAUGUAUAGCAUUGCACAGUAUUAGGUAUUUAUAUCAAGCAGAGCGAUGGAACGUGCAUUAUAUUAGUGAUAUUUUGCACAUACGUGUAUUUUGCAGCUUGGGAAAUCCAAAGUAACCAUCAUAUAAGGUGAUGUAUAAGAAAUACCACAAAUUAUAUCAAAGCUAAAGGAUCCAAAGGAUGUUGCUUAAGCAAUGGAAAAAUCAAAAUAGAAAUGGUAAGUCUAAUAUGACCAGUCUAUGUCUUGCUUUA